AAUAGUACCUAGUAUGCUACUACUGUGGAGUAUAUAAGUGAUAUUCAGCUUUGAUCAGCUCAACAAACGAGUCGAAAUGCGGAAAGUUUUUGUGAUUCUUGUGAUAGUAAAACUGUGGCUAGAUUUAAUAUUGAUUACCAAUAAUGCUGCGCUACUUAAAUUAACAAACGCGCGCUGUACCGUUUACAACGAAAGCUGGGUCAAACUAAACGUUUGUCGCUUGAAGGCAAUAAAUCGCAACAGGACAGUAUUUAAUUUUAAUGCUACCAUUUUAUAUCCAACGUAUCAGAUAUCGAUAAACGGUCAGCUUCUGAAGAAGGCUAACGGCUAUAAGCCCUGGCUUUUUAAUACAUCUGUUGACUUUUGUCGAUUUAUCAGAAGACCGUAUAAUCCAAUAAUUAUACUAUACGCCAAAGCUAUACGGGACUUCGUCAACUUCAAUCACACCUGCCCCUAUGUGGUGAGUCUGAGAUCCAUCACAUAUAUUGAAUACUUAUAUUAGCAAAUUAUUCAUUUAAGGGCCACCAAAUUGUCAGUGGACUUCAUGUGCCGUACGAAAGUUUGGGAUUGCCGUUUCCAACGGGAGAAUAUCUUCUAAAAAUAGAUUGGUUUUUCCAUCACAAAAUGCAAUU